AUUAUUAUUACACUAAUUUUUCUCCCCCUAAUUUUUCCGACCGGCGAUCGAGGGCCUCCAUCCCCAAAUUCGUCGCCGCCACUUCUUCGGAGGCAGAGCCGGCUCCGACCCGGAUCUAAUUCCCCCAUGUCCGUCCUCCAGAUUUCCCCAAUUUUAUGAACCCUAAUUUACUCUUCUGUUCACUUCCAGUUACAUUUUUUCCCCUCUUUUUGGGAAAAAGGAAAAAAUUUAGGGGAAUUUCUUUUUUUUCGCGGGAGGGAGUUCCUUUGAGUGGGCUACUGCCUCUGGUACAGUGAGAUUUGCCCACAGCUGAGCUUAAUUUUGCUCGAUGUUCUAAGUACACGUGGCGAUCUGGAUAGUUACCACCUCCAUUUGCUUGCUCGGAUUUCAGUGAGCUUUUUUUAGGAAGUGUUCGCUUUCUCAAGCUAUAUUCCCGCGAGAACGUUGACAUUUGUGCCAAUUAUUAGCGAACGUGGAAAUGUGGAUAUGUUUGAGAAUGUGGCUUCAUGAGCUGUUAAGAACAACUCACUGGUCGUAGUUUUUUGUCUCUGAGUUUUUGGUCUUUCACUGAUUUGGAUUCGUAAAUGGAAGUGAACAAAGAGGAGGCCCUUAAAGCAAAAGAGGUCGCUGAGAAGCGUUUUGCCAAGCGAGACUUCAAUGGUGCAAAGAACUAUGCGUUGAAGGCCAAAACCCUGUUCCCAGAGCUGGAGGGGAUAUCACAAAUGGUGGCAACUUUUGAUGUUUAUGUUGCUUCGGAGAUUAAGUGUAAUGGUGAGGUUGAUUAUUAUUCCAUUCUAGGAUUGAAGCCAUCUGCAAGUAAAGAGGCUAUAAAGAAACAAUACAAGAAGAUGGCUGUGUUGCUUCAUCCUGACAAGAACAAGACCAUAGGAGCUGAUGGAGCAUUUAAGCUUGUUUCUGAAGCAUGGGCUCUACUUUCAGAUAGUUCCAAGAGAAAUGCAUAUGAUAUCAAGAGAACCACACAAUUGGCUUCUGGAGUCAACCAGCCAAACUUGCCUACAGCUCACGCUUCUGCGGCUACAAGUUUUAACAACUACACAAAUUUACCCAUGUCUCAUGGUAGACUCGAUACCUUCUGGACUGUCUGCACCUCCUGUAAAGUUCAGUAUGAGUAUCUCCGGAAAUACGUCAACAAGAAACUUCGGUGCAAAAAUUGUCGCGGUGUUUUCAUAGCUGUGGAAACUGGAGCUGCCCCAGUAAAUGGUUCUUUUCCUUACUGUUCCUGGUCAAAUGUUGCUGGUAAUCGUUAUGGAAGUCAUGGAUUUGAGGGAGUUACAUAUAUCCCGGGAGAUACUAGCUUUUAUGCCGGACAUGGGUAUGAGUAUGUUUCAAAUAUGUCAUUUCAGUGGARCUCAUCCUCUGGAGUUUACACUCAAACAUUGGGCCCGAAUGGACUGGCUUCGGCACCUGUUGAUAAUGUUUGUCAAACCAAUGGACAUUUCAGUACAUCAGGAGUGAAAGAUAAGGCAAGAGUCAACGGGAAGCGCGCCUCCAAAAACAAGGUGGCUAAUAUGAAUGCAAGCACACCUUCUGGCUGUUAUGAAUUCUUUGGUUCAGAUAGCAAUGGAGCUGAUAAGAGAAGGAAGGUCGUUGUGGAAGCCAGUUUGAGAAACGGUUAUGUAGAGAAGGGAUCAUUAUUGCCUGCUUCAGACUCAGCGUUAGCUAAUGGAAAUGCUACUGUGAAGCAUGAGCCUGUAGUCUCUUCCUCUCCAACUGAGCUUUCUGCUAAGCGCGCCCCUGUUCCUCCUGUAUUUGACGUCAGAAAGAUGUUAAUUGAGAAGGCAAGGACUGAAAUUCGCAAGAAAUUGGAAGAGAUAAGGAUUUCCUCAGCCAAUGCUGCUGCUCGUGAGAAAUCAAAGACAGAGUCUCAAGUUGGUCUGUUUGGAAAGACUGGACGGGCACCUAAAACAACUAAUUCUGAUAUGUCUGGCCGUUGGUUAGACAAAGACAGAGCUGGACCAAUCUCAAUAAAUGUACCUGAUUCUGACUUCCACGAUUUUGACAAGGAUCGCUCAGAGGAAUGCUUCAAGGCAAAGCAAAUAUGGGCUCUGUACGAUGAAGAAGAUGGCAUGCCUCGCUUGUACUGUCUUAUUCGCGAGAUCAUCUCAGUUAAACCAUUUAAAAUUCUCAUAAGUUACUUAAGCUCUAAAACGGAUACGGAAUUUGGAUCAGUCAACUGGUUGGAAUAUGGGUUCACAAAAUCCUGUGGAAAUUUCCGUGCUUGGAACUCUGAUGUCGUCGAACAAAUCAACAUCUUCUCUCAUGUCCUAAGCCGCGAAAAGGCCGGUAGAGGAGGCUGCGUUCGGAUAUAUCCGAAAAGCGGAGACAUUUGGGCUGUUUAUCGAAACUGGUCAUCAAAUUGGGACAGAUCAACCCCCGAUGAAGUGAGGCACCGAUAUGAAAUGGUGGAAGUUCUUGAUGAUUACUCAGAAGAGCUCGGUGUCUGCAUCUGCCCCCUUGUCAAACUAACUGGAUUCAAGACAGUUUAUCAAAGAAAUGCAGACAAAGAUGCCAUUCGUUGGAUUCCCAGGAAGGAAAUGGUACGGUUUUCACACCAGGUACCCUCUUAUCUACUCAAGGGAGAAGCAAGUAACCUGCCAGAACAUUGCUGGGAUCUCGACCCGGCCGCCACUCCCGACGAACUGCUCCACACUGCAACAGAAAAAGAAGGGUCGACCGAAAUCCAGUUGAGUUGAGUCCAGCGGGAGAAAGAAGAAGAAGAACAGCAAGAUAAUGGGUCGGAGUCAAUAUGAGCAGUCUUAACCAAAGUUAGAUCUAACUGUACAAAUAUGUCUCAAGAAUUUGGCCAAACGCCAUUACAGACAAGACGAGAAAUCUACAGUUUGAUUUGGAUAAUGUCUGCUGAGUCGCUUCUAUAACCACGAAUUUGGCUUCAAGUAAAUGCUUUUUUACAGAAGAACCACAACAACACGAUCCUUAUGGCUUAUGCUCCAUUAUUCCCUGGCAUGUUAAUCAGAAGAAGAGCUUUGUUUUUUUUUUUUUUCUCUUUUCUUCUCUACUUUUCCUCCAGAUUAGUUUCUCUUACUUUGUUCUAAUGGAAACGAACGAGAACUUGCAUGUUUAAUCUCUUGAUUUUGUUGUAAAAUUUGAUGCUUCAGCUUCACUGCUUUGAGGCCUCAUUUCAGACGACAAACUUCUGAACA